AGCAGUACUAUUGACCUCUCGUCGUCAUCCAUCUUUGUUUGUAAUAUUACCCAUUGGCGUUCGGCAGGCGGUGUCUAGUAGCUGUGUUUUCUUCUUGUUUAAUCUGCCAAUUGGUGAUCGGCCAUCACGUGAUAACGCAAAAACGUUUUCCAAUCCAUGUCUCCGUAGCUAGCAAACAACCGUUGUUUAUCAUAUCACGGUCGAUGGUUGCUUUAAUAGUACUACUCGCUUACAUUGGCGGACUGGUUCUAUAGUCAGUCCGUCCACCAUGCCGUCGCUCCGACGCCUGCCAGUCGUCGUCGUGCUGGUUGUGCUCGCCGGCGUGAAUGCCCAUGGCUUCCGGUUCGAGGAGGCGAGCAUCGACGCCAUCCGCCUCGGCUUCCGCAACGGCAGCCUCACCUCGACGGCGCUCGUGAUCUUCUACCUGGACCGCAUCGCGCGGCUCAACCCGCUCCUCCGCGCCGUCAUCGAGGUCAACCCGGACGCGCUCCGCCAGGCCGCGCGCGCCGACGCCGAACGCCGCCGCUCCAUUUCCUACGGCCGCCGGAGCCUGAACACCGGCAAUGGCAAAGGCGGCGGGUUGCUGCACGGCGUCCCCGUGCUGCUCAAGGACAACAUCGCCACGCGGGACGCGCUCAACACCACGGCCGGGUCGCUGGCGCUGCUGGGGUCCGUCGUCAGGCGUGACGCCGGCGUGGUGCGGCGCCUCCGGCUCGCCGGCGCCGUGGUGCUGGGCAAGGCCAACAUGGACGAGUGGGCCAACUUCCGCAGCCUGCAGGGCUCCGGCGGCUGGAGCGCCCGCGGCGGCCAGGGCAAGAAUCCGUACGUGCUGUCGGCGAGCCCGUGCGGGUCGAGCACGGGGUCGGCGAUCGCGGCGGCGGCCAACAUGGCGGCGGUGGCGCUGGGGACGGAGACGGACGGCUCCAUACUCUGCCCGGCGUCGCUGAAUUCCGUGGUGGGGAUCAAGCCCACGGUGGGGUUGACCAGCCGGGCCGGAGUCGUCCCCAUCACGCCCAGGCAGGACACCGUCGGGCCGAUUGGCCGCACGGUGGCAGAUGCGGUCCACGUGCUGGACACAAUUGUCGGCUACGACGAUCGCGACGCGGCAGCCACCAUGGCAGCUUCCAGGUACAUCCCCAAUGGCGGAUACACGCAGUUCUUGAAGACGGAUGGACUUAGAGGCAAGAGGAUCGGCGUCCCCAAUGGCUUCUUCAGCUACCCAAAUGGUUCCGUGCAACACAUGGUUUACCAGCAACAUCUCGACACAAUGAGGAAACAAGGAGCGAUCUUGAUCGAGAACCUGGACAUCGAGAAUCUAAGCGUCAUACUGGAUCCCCUAAACAACGGCCAACAGGUUGCACUAGCAGCAGAGUUCAAGCUAAGCCUCAACGCCUACCUGUCAGACCUAUCCUACUCCCCUGUCCGUUCACUGGCAGAGAUCAUAGCCUUCAACAACGCACAUCCUGUGGAGGAAAAGCUGGAGGAGAUCGGGCAGCUCAUCUUCCUGGUGGCCGAGAACACGACCGGCAUCGGAGCGCCGGAGAGAGCCGCCAUUGACGGGCUCAAGGAGCUGUCCGCCGACGGGCUGGAGAAGCUGAUGAGGGAGCGGGAGCUGGACGCCGUGGUGACGCCCAACGCCGCCGCGUCCGCCGUGCUGGCCGUCGGUGGCAUGCCGGGGAUCACCGUGCCGGCCGGGUACGGCGACAUGGGGGUGCCGUUCGGUGUCUGCUUCGGCGGGCUCAGAGGGUACGAGCCCAGGCUCAUCGAGAUCGCCUACGCGUUUGAGCAGGUCACCAAGGUCAGGAAGGCUCCCACCUUCAUGCCAUAGAAGUUAACAAGCGACACGGAUCAAUGGUGUUGUUACGAUCUUAUUUUAAUCCAUUUUAGGGCAUCUAUCUAUGCCUGUGGUGUAAUCACUUUUACAAAUUAUAAUUGAGAAUCGUUCAGAUACUUU